AUGAUCUUUACCUACACUUCCCUGGCGGCUGGCUUCGUCAGUCUGGCUGUUGCACAACAAGUGCCGAACAUCACGUAUGACUAUGUGAUUGCCGGAGCUGGGACCGCAGGCCUUCUACUCGGCGUGAUUCUUUCGGAGAAUCCCAAUGUGACUGUAGCCAUCCUUGAAGCCGGCAGCGAUGGAAGAUCGAACCCCAACAUCACCAAUCCGCAGCGUAGAGGUACUAUCCAGAUGACAGAAUAUGACUGGGCUUUCUCCUCAACGCCACAACCAGGCUUGUACGACAAUGGCACCGGAGGCAUCCAGCCUGUUCCAAGAGGCAAAACUCCCGGCGGUACUUCCGCUAUGAACUGGAUGAUCCACAAUACCGAUUCGCGGGUCCAGCUGGAUAUCUGGGAGAGCAUCCUCGGUUUAACGGGAUGGAACUGGGAUACGCUUUCUACUGCUUUCAGGGAAAGCGAGACCAUGUACGCCCCCCCGGCGAACAUGAGCAAGUACUUCAAAUACGAUGCUUCCGUCCAUGGAGGAAACGGAUAUAUCCAAUCGGCUUUUCAGAGGAGUGUUCUAAGCUUGUUUCCGGAUUACUUGGAACCUACGUUGCUGAAUGCUGGAUACCAGAUUCCUCCUGAUCGGAAUGAUGGCAAUGCUGUUGGUGCCGGUUUCUUGCCUUUGGCUCUUCAACCGAGUGAUUAUACGAGAUCUUAUGCCGGGUCGGUUUACACCGGUGUACAACGAAACCGGUCGAAUCUGCACAUGGAAACCAACGCGCAAGUUACUGGGAUCGAUUGGGGUAGCACGACUGGUAAUGUCACCGCUUCAGGACUCCGAUAUAUCAACACCGGCGGUAACCGCUCAAACACUACGCAACACAUCCGCGGUCGAGAGAUCAUCCUCUCAGCCGGCUGCAUCCAAUCCUCCCAAAUUUUGGAACUCAGCGGCGUCGGCAACCCGGCGAUUCUGGACCCGCUCGGUAUCAAAUCCAUCGUCAACCUCACCAAUGUCGGCGAGGGACUCCGCGAUCCUCCCAUGAUGAACUACCUGCCCAUCUCUUUCGGUGUCAACAGCACCACGACUUUCACCGGAGCAGAAUAUAUCCAGAAUUUCAUUCAAUUGGAAAGCGCAAAAGAUAUGCUCUCCCCGGCAGAUUACGCGGCGGCGAGCUCCUGGUUGAAUUCGACGGAGAGGAUUGAAGGCGUGAGGGAUGCGCAGUUGAAGGUUUUCAAGAAUUUGUGGUUUGGGGAACAGCCUUUGAUUGAGAUGGCUUGGCAGUUUGCUUUUCAGAAUGUGAGUGUUUUUUCCUUCUCCUUUCUUCUUCCUCACUGAUAGUGAUGCUCCCCUUCUUUGCUUUAUGCGGAAUUUCUGACUUGUCAUAGGUUACUCCGUAUAAUCUUAUCCCUCUCAGUCAAGGCUCCGUGCAUAUCAACAGUUCGGAUCCUCUGGCUAUGCCGGCCAUCGAUCCAAAUUACAACAGGAUCAACGCGACGAUCAACGGUACCAGUGUCCCGUGGGAUAUGUGGUUCUUAGCCAAAGCAGCGCAGAAUUACCAAACGAAGGUGAUAUCUUCCUUCUUCUUCUCCUUCUCCUUCUCCUCGUCUUCCUCUCUCGACUGACCACUCAUAGCUCGCAACUACAUCUCCAAUGAAGAAUCUCAUCACCUGGUCCGAUCCACCCUACAACCUCCCCUUCGAAGACUACUAUCCUCACAUCUUCAACCGCACCGGUUCAUCCCAACACUUAACCGGCGGCAACCCCAUGCUCCCUCAAACCGAAGGCGGCGUGGUGGACACGAACCUCCUAGUCUACGGGACGCAGAAUGUCAGAAUCGUCGACGGGUCCGUCUUUCCCUAUCAGCCUUCCGCACACCCGAUGGGCUUGACGUAUGCGCUUGCUGUUAUGGCUGCAAGGAUUCUGGAACGGAGACCGGGUGCGGGUGGCUUGACGGAGACGGAAGUGUUGCCUGCGAGUAAUAGUAGUGCGAAUGCUACUGCUAGUUGGGGCGGCGGGACGGCUAUGGUGCCCGCGGCGACGCCUGGGAGUCGCGCGCCGGAGGGCGCGAGUUCGGUUGGUGGGGCGAGUGCGAGUGCUACUGGGGCGGGAGCAAGUGCGACUGCGAGCGCGAGUGCUGGUGCAAUUGGCCAGGCGACUUCUGUUGCGAGUUCGAUCGAGAUGACUGGCGUGCUUGCAGCUAUCUGCAUGAUGGUCUUAGUGAGCGGUUUGAUGGCUUUGUAG